AUGCAAUCCUUGAUUGCGCUCUCGCGAUGUAGCGCAACGCUCGAGUUCACCCACUCAGUCGUCACUUUUCAAUUUACCCUCUACCACUGCGAGCUCUCCCGAAGAAGAGCGGACGAACGCCAAGCUCACCACAAGCUUCAAGGAGCUACUAACCAAGGAGGCGAAUACUUAAGUACGGCAAAGCUGACCGGGACCAACGAUUUGACCAGAAUAAUUACAGCCGACGAGUUGCUGCAACAAUCCAAGGAACUCCAAAAGAAGGUUGAAGCCAUUCUACAGGACCCGCUUAUGACGAAGACCAAAGAGUGGGAAAAGCACGGCUGGAACCCGGCUAUAGUGGCCGAAGAAAUUCGCCUGGACACUGUAAAAAAGCUGUUGCCAAACGUUGAGAAGUUUCGCGCCAGUCCGCAGCACAGACUCUACGAAGCUUUCGGGAAGUUCUGGAAGGAGCACUACCCCGGUUCAAUCGUGCUGAAGUACGACUGA